UGUGAAAUAACAUUAAAGUCAAUGAGAAAGUGAAGAGGGUCGUUUGGUGCUUUCAACUAAAUAAUAUCUACAUGCUUGUUGAUGAAAGGGGAGGAGUUUCUCUGUGAUCAAAACAAAUGCUUGGUCAUACAGCGCGCUUCUGUUCCAUCCCUCUCUGUGUGGGAGACAGCUGAACAGAUGGGAAAGACACACAAGAGAUCAAGUGCAGGUUUGGUGGAAAACACAGAGUUGACAGAUAAAUUUACAUUUAAUCCUAAAGAGGGAAUAGACAACCCAGUGAUGGUCACCACAGAAGACACAGACUCCGUGCGGACACUCAGCCCGCGUCUGUGUGUUCUUAAACGAGCGGAGGGGGGGUCCUAUGGCUUUCGUCUGCGGGUGGAGAGGGGACUCUAGGGUCACAUAAUCAGAAAAGUAGUGGCAGGAGGGGCGGCGGGGUGCAGUGGCCUUCAAGAUGGAGACAGACUUUUGGAAGUCAACAACUGCUAUGUUGACGAUGUCUCUCACCCUGAGGUGGCCAGAAAAAUAAUGUUAAGUGGACAGCAGCUAUGUUUAUUGGUGUUGGAUGGGGAGCAGUAUGAGCAUGCUUUGUCCCGAGGUCACGACCUCCGAGGUCUGAGCAGAGCUCACAAGGGUGAGGGUUGCAAACCGCCCAGACUCUGCCACAUCACCAAGGAUCCCGCCUCAGGCCUCGGCAUCACCUUCACACCCGUGGAAGGAAAGAAAGGCCGAUUCUCUGUCACUCUGUUCCCGGGAGGUGCAGCUGAAAAGGCAGGAGUGUGUAAGGGAGAUCAACUGGUGUGGAUGAACGGAGCAACAGUGUCUGACCUCACGCACUCUGCACUCAGCAGGAUGAUGAAAAAAGGUGGUGAGCACAUCACCAUCUUAGUGAUCGACGGCGAGAGUGAGAAGAACUACACGCGACAGAAGAUGCCCAUCCUGCCCACCAUGGCCGUUCCACAUAACCUGCCUGACAGGGCCAGAAAGCUGCAGCUGGUCUCCGGGCCUGAUGGAUACGGCUUCCUCCUUCGACUGGAGAAGAAGCCAACAGGACGCACAUUUCACGUGCUGCGUCAGAUUGAAAGUGGGAGCUCAGCAAAGAUGGCCGGGAUGCAGGAAGGAGAGCUGCUGCUCGAGGUCAACGGGGAGCCAGUGGAGCCACUUACGCAUGAGGAGAUUGUGGACAGAGUGAGGCUGAGCGGACACCAGGUCUCCCUAACGACCAUCACUCUCAAGGGGAUGGACUUCUACACCCAGCUGGGCCUGUCACCUCUUUUCUUCAGUGAGGAUGGUGCUGCGAGUGAAAAGGAGAGCAGCGUAUCAGCCUCUGCAGCAGAGCAGUCGACACAAAAGGAAGUGGAUGUUGUUUCUCAGCAGGAGGAAAACAUGGAAGACUAUGAAGUAUCAUAUUUGUGAGCGUCAGACAUUUUGAAGAAAUUCAACAAUCUCAUGUCUACUGAAGACAUCUCCAACUGAAUGGAACAAGGAAAACUAGCCUGUUAUUAUUAAUAUGUAUGUCAAGAUUGCCUCAAUCAGUUCUAUCAGAAACAAAAAUGAAACAAAUUAAAUAAGAAAUUAAACUGCAAUGGUGUAAGUUGAAAUAAAUCAUGUAUUUUGGUACUAUUAUCCAUCGAGUGAGUUGAAACGUUGGGCAACAACUGCGUUUGAUCUCAGUCUAAUGAAAUCCAAGACACAUAUAAGGCUCAACGUAACAAAGGACCACAAUUAAUACUAUAUUUCUUACUGUACAAAUAUAAAUAAAAAACAGUUGGUCCGUGCGAUUGGAAAUACAUUUGUAAAUCAAAAAAGCUGUACUUUAAACGAUUUAAACGAUGUAAAAAUAACAGUAAAUUACUGCCCGACUGGAGCUACUGUUAUUUAUUUUUUACAGUAUCUUACAGUAUACUUUAAUACGGUGGUAUUUAAUAAGGCUACUGUUUAUUUGCAAAGGGCAAUACAACUUGCUAUACUUGCUAACAUUUUAUUUUAUUUAAGACAAGACAAAUUAAUUACUCAAUUAUUUAAGUUAAAUACAUGUCCGAAAGUAAACAAGGACAUUUGUAUUACAUAUCAAAAGUACUGCAUGUUUAGAUGAAUUAAAAUACAAUCAUAGAAUCUCAUAAAGUCUUAUGCUGAAGGAUAUUACUUUUUGAUUGCAUGAAAUCAACAUGGAUGAAACAAUAAAGAGGGAGGACACCUUGAAAAAGGCCUCAAUGCAGCGUCUUGCUGGUGCCGUCAAUCCCUAAAUGGGAAUCCAGCUCAAGAGAAGUUGUGUUAUGACAUCCAGGGUAAACACAUUUAAGAAGCAUGUGGUGCCCCACAUAUAAUUAGAUGCUACUCAAUAUCAUUUUGCUUUAACUAGUUAAAUCUGUGUCUUUAACAAAGAUACAUUUUUGUCGUGAUUUGGAUAGAAGAACUUACAUGUAGAAAAACAAAAGAACUUGUGAAAUAUUUAAAAAAUGUAUGUUUUUUAGCUCCUCUAGUAAUGUUCCAGAGAUGAUGCACGUGAGUUAAUGUUAUGGCAAUUGUGUUGCCAGCUGUUUUUGAAGGGCCAAUUAAGUUCUAGCUAGCUAUCAUUUCAGAGUUUGGGCCGCCAAUAUUGGCGACUAAACAGACCAAAGGAAUCAUUAUCUGAGAUGUUAAUGGUUUAAUAAGCAUGAACACAAAACAAUACUGCAGACAUAGAUGGCUGAUAAGCGUAAAAACAUUGGCCAUUUGGCUGAUCUUCACGACGCUGUGCUCAGAAUAAUGAUUUGAAGGUGUGAGGUCCAGAGUGACAUUCAGAAGCACUCGGUUAUGUCUUUUUAUUCAUAAAUGCGUAUUAUAGGCAAUGAGCAGGCUGACUAAUAAAAGUAUUCUAUUGACACAUCAACCUACAAUGUGAUGUAGAUGGAUUGUGACUUGCUGUACUUGUGUAGAGAACAAUGUAACAUUAUCCAGUACUUCACAGAAAAUAUUGUAUCAUGCUUUUAAAUUAAAGUAGUCUGCUGGUAUGGUUAACUUAUCUAUAUGUGGGAUGAAUUAUAUUAGUGAAUAGGAAAAACAAUUUUAUUUGUGUUGGUGAAGCAUAUCUCACAUCUUCUUGGUUAAUCAGCAAAACCUAUAACUGUGGUGCCUAUUUAAAUAAAAUCUGUAUUUAAAUGUC